AUGUGUUUCCUCAUUGAUUUAGAUGAAUCUUUUUCUGCUAUUUGUGGACAACUAUUAGCUAUGGAGCCAAUUCUUAAAAUCAAUAAGCUUUGUUCUCUUGUUCAAAAAGAAAAACAAAGAGAGGUGGCUGGAUCUCAACUUAUUCUUGAUACUACUCAAGCUACAUUUGCUGUCAAAAACUCAUUACAACCUGUCCUUAUUGCCAAGGUUAAGAGUAGGAAGAAGGAUGGACCAUUGUGCUCACAUUGUGGUUAUGGCAAAGGUAAAGGGAAAACAAUUGUGUAUCAUGUCUUUAAUGAUCCUCAGGAGGAUGUUAUCGCUCCUAUUGUUCCUUUAGAUGAUGCCAAGGCUCCCAUAUCUGAGGCUCAAUACCAACAUUUUGUUUCUCUGCUAAGUGCUCAACUGAUCAAGCCAAUGAUAGAGACACAGAUAGAGACACAUACUUCUAAUAUGGUUUCGAGAGGAAAUCCUAAUCAAGGAGGAGGACUUUCUCCUUUCCAAAUGCAAGCCUUGACACAACAUUUGGAGAGAUUGAUGAGGCAACAAAAUGAUGAGCUCCAUGAAAGAUUGGACCAAUUGGAGAAUAGAGGUCAUGAUGAAGAAGAAAAGAGGAGAAGAGGUAAUGACGGUGCUCCUAGACAAAACCGAAUUGAUGGAGUCAAAAUUUCUAUUCCUCCAUUCAAAGGAAGAAGUGACCCGGGAGCUUAUUUGGAGUGGGAGAUCAAAAUAGAGCAUAUUUUCACUUGUAAUACCUAUGAAGAGGCCCAAAAAGUAAAGCUUGCAGCUAUGGAGUUUUCCGAUUAUGCUCUUGUGUGGUGGAACAAAUUGCAAAAAGAGAGAGCUAGGAAUGAGGAGCCAUUGGUGGAUACAUGGGUUGAAAUGAAAAGGAUCAUGAGGAAGAGAUAUGUGCCGGCAAGCUAUUCUAGGGACUUAAAAUUCAAACUUCAAAAAUUGUCCCAAGGUAGCAAAGGCGUUGAGGAGUACUACAAGGAAAUGGAGGUGCUCAUGAUUCAAGCCAAGAUAGAAGAGGAUGAGGAGGUAACUAUGGCUAGAUUUCUUAGUGGUUUGAAUAAUGAUAUUCGUGAUAUUGUUGAACUGCAGGAAUUUGUUGAAAUGGAGGACUUGCUUCACAAAGCAAUCCAAGUGGAGCAACAAUUAAAAAGGAAAGGUGUGGCCAAAAAGAGCUCCACUAAUUUUGGUUUUUCUAGUUGGAAGGAUAAGGGAAAAGGGGCUGCCACUUCUAGUGCAGCGCCUACACCAACAAAAACUCCUCUAAAAACUCAAGAGCAACCCUCUAAAAGGAGUCGGGAUGUGAAAGAUGGAGAGUAUAUAAGUGAGUCUGAAAUUGAAGAGGGAGAGGAGAAUGAGGACGUGGAGGAGGAGGUGGAGAAAACACCAGAGGGAGACUUGUUGAUGAUAAGGCAGUUACUUGGUAGCCAAUUGAAGCCUUUGGAGGAGAGCCAAAGAGAAAACAUCUUCCAUACUAGAUGUUUGAUCAAUGGUAAACUUUGCAUGGUGAUCAUUGAUGGAAGGAGUUGCACCAAUGUGGCGAGUGCAAGACUUGUGUCUAAAUUGAAUUUAGUUACAAAGCCACAUCCUAGGCCAUAUAGGCUUCAAUGGCUUAGUGAGGAUGGAGAGGUGCAAGUAAGGAAGCAAGUAGAGUUGGAUAUUUCCAUUGAAAGAUACAAUGAUAAGGUGCUUUGUGAUGUUGUUCCUAUGGAGGCCAGCCACUUACUCUUGGGGAGACCAUGGCAAUUUGAUAAAAAAGCCAAUCAUGAUGGUUUCACCAACAAAAUCUCAUUCAUGCACCAAGACAAGAAGAUAGUGCUCAAACCUUUGAGUCCGCAAGAGAAAUUUGGAGAUGUGUUUCCAACAAGUGUACCAAGUGGGUUGCCACCAUUAAGAGGUAUUGAGCAUCAAAUUGAUCUCAUUCCAGGAGCUUCUUUGCCUAAUAGGCCAGCCUAUAGAAGCAACCCUCAAGAGACCAAGGAGAUCCAAAGACAAGUGGAUGAACUCAUUGGUAAGGGAUGGGUAAGAGAUAGCAUGAGUCCUUGUGCUGUCCCGGUAAUUUUGGUUCCUAAAAAGGAUGGGACAUGGCGCAUGUGUUCUAAUUGUAGAGCCCUUAAUAACAUCACCAUUAAAUAUAGGCAUCCUAUACCUAGGCUUGAUGAUUUGCUUGAUGAAUUGCAUGGAAAAUUUGUUGUGGUGUACUUUGAUGAUAUUCUUAUCUAUAGCACUUCACUUGAAUUGCAUGUUGAUCAUUUAAAAUCUGUCUUGUGUGUGCUUAGAGAAGAACAAUUGUAUGUCAAUCUUGAAAAAUGCAUCUUUUGUACUAACCAUGUUGUGUUUCUUGGUUUUGUUGUAAGUUCAAAAGGAGUAUAA